AUGUCUUCAAAGGAAAUGACAUACUUACCAGAAGUUAUCUCUGGAGCUCACCGUCUUCGUCAGGGUGGCUCACACAAAGUGUUCAAGGUUGUUUUUGUGGAUUCUGUGCAGUGGGCUGCACGCCUAUGCCAUGAUCCCAGCAAUUGGAAGUAUGAGUUGCGCGCUGUUAAGAUGUUUCGACACAUCAAACAAAGCCACCCAGGCAUCAGAGCACCGAGUGUGUUUUUCAAGGCAGAACGCCCUGUCUUGUAUUCAGAGUGGGUUACCGGUAAACCACUGAAGGGUUGGAACUCCCAGAGCCCCCUUAAUAAACGUCAAACGCCUCUCGCAGAGCUCCUACUGCAAUUGUGGACUACUGCAGUCCCCCCUGAUUUUGUACCAGAGCAAAAGCCUCGGUAUUCAACUUGGCUCACAAAGAGCCUGGACCGAGGUCUCCGACGGACUCUCAUUGGAACUGCUACAUGGGGUGAUCCGAUCGACUAUCUGAUCAUGAGGUCGAUGAUCCCCUACUAUGCUGGGGAGGACAAGUACACAGAUGUUGGCUUCGUCCAUGAAGAUUUGAGCGUAUAA